AUGACUUCCUCCGUUGCUUCUCUUUCCUUCUUCUGCCUGCUUGUGCUUCUGCUUCCUGCUCCACAUGGCGCCUCCUCCCAUGCAAGCUACAAGCAAGGGUCCAGACAAAUUUUUUCCAGGACACCUGGCACUGGCAGGUCAUCUGGCAACUCCCAGCAGGCCUCCACGGUGUCUACUGCAACCACCUGCUCGUCCCUCGCAACUGGCCUAGGAAACAACAAGCUACCCGUUGUGCACCGGCAGAGCCCAUGCUCGCAGUUCCACGGGCUGCCGUCCCUGACGGCGGCAGAUGUCUUGCGUCGUGAUGCCUCCCUCAUCUGGCGCCGUUUCUCCUCACAGUCGUCUCUGGUGGCUGCGCUACCCCCAGCGCCGGCAGCGGCUGCGCUGGCCCCAUCGCCGGCAGCGACCGUGCUGGCCCCAUCGCCGGCGGCGACCAUAAUCCCUACCAAUGGCUCGUCGGACCCGAGGGGCGCGCUGGACUACAUCGUGCUCGUUAACUAUGGCACGCCGAAGCAGCAGUUCCCGGUGUUCCUCGACACCAGGAGCGUCGGCGUGUCCUUGCUCCGGUGCAAGCCCUGCGCCUCAGGUUCCAACGACUGUGAUCCGGCGUUCGACACGUCACAGUCCUCGACGUUCGCCAAUGUCCUCUGCGGCUCGCCGGACUGUCCUACCAACUGCUCCGGCGGCUCGUUCUGCCCGCUCGAUGGCAUAUACUCGGUCAUCAACGGCACGUUUGCGGAGGAUGUGCUCACGCUGGGGCCGUCCACGGCCAUCGACAACUUCAAAUUCGUCUGCCUAAACAGGAGUAAACCUGGUGGUCAGCCGGUGGCCGGGACCCUCGACCUCAGCCGCAACCGCAACUCACUGCCGUCGCAGCUGUCGUCGUCGGGGCAGGCCCCGUCCGCCACCUUCUCCUACUGCCUGCCGAAAUCCUCGAGCUCCCAGGGCUUCCUCUCCCUCGGCGUCAACGCCACUGUCAAAGACGACAACUUCACAGUGCACGCCCCGCUGGACCUCCCGAUUCCGGUGGGGACCUUCGGCAACAACGGCACCAACCUGGACGUGGGGACCACCUUCACCAUGCUGGCGCCGGACGCGUACACGGCGCUGAGUAACUCCUUCCAGAAGCAGAUGUCGCAGUACAACUUCUCGUCGCCGGGUAUCGACGGCUUCGACACGUGCUUCAACUUCACCGAUCUGAAUGACCUCGUCAUACCGAACGUUCAGUUCAAGUUCAGCAACGGCGACAUCCUGGUGAUCGACGCAGACCAGAUGCUGUACUACGACGACACCGACGCCGCUCCGUUCACCAUGGCCUGUCUCGCCUUCUCCUCCUUGGACGCCGGCGAUUCCUUCUCUGCCGUGAUUGGGUCGUAUACGCUGGCGACCACGGAGGUGGUCUACAACGUGGCCGGAGGAGAGGUUGGCUUCAUCCCAUGGAGCUGCUAA